UCAUAAUAGAAUUUUCUUCAGGAGGAGGAGAUAGGAAAUAACAUUAUAUAAUCCAGUUUGCCGUUUUUUCCUGGAAACGCUGUGUCUGGAGUAGGCUUUGCAUACGGUUUGCAGCACAGGGACAGCGUGACAGGGACUUGAAAUGCCCUGCAUGUGCCGUGAAGCUGCUCUGCUCUAUACGUGGAGUUAUUGGAACUAUUCCUGUGUGUGUGAUACCCACACAUGCUCUCCGGGAGAGCUUAAAAAAAAAAAAAAAAAAAGUAAGGCGCCAGAUAUAGUAGCCCUGUUUCAUUAUGCAUUCGGGAGAAAUUGCUGACGACAUUUCAGCCUGCAGUUAAUUUUAAUGUUAGGUUUGGUAUUUGAAAAGGACACGGCAUAGGAGAACGCCUGCGGAUCUUUUAUGCUGGCUGCUGCCACGGCCCCAGCUAUUCACAUGAGGGGAGGCGAGCAGAUGGAUUCCCUGCUGUAAGUAAAGCAAACCCUGCGAGAUGCUCCAGCGGUUGUGAGGGGCCGGUCCUCCUUUUAAUUGCCCGCUGGCAAAUUCAUUUGUGUACGCAGCAUGCUGACAACCUUUUUCCUUGAAGUUCUCUGUCGUCAUGUGCUACCCUCCUCCUCCUCCUCCUCCUCCAUGAGAACAGCAGCGUGGUCUCCGUGCCCGGUGCAGAAAGUGACACUUGACUGAAGAAGGGAAGUCCCCUUUUCAGAGCAAACCCAUCCUAUGAGGAGGAGGAGGAGCACUCCGCAUUCCUAGCUGCACGAUGGGGACUACAGGUGACGAGAUGGCUUCGGUGGAGCAGAAUGCCUCCUUGAACCCCUUGUGCUUCGAGUGCGGCCAGCAGCACUGGACAAGGGAGAACCACCUGUACAACUACCAGAACGAAGUGGAUGACGACUUGGUCUGCCACAUUUGCCUUCAGCCCUUGUUGCAGCCAUUGGACACUCCCUGCGGACACACUUUCUGCUACAAGUGCCUAAGGAACUUCCUGCAGGAGAAGGAUUUCUGCCCGCUGGAUCGAAAAAGACUCCAUUUUAAACUCUGCAAAAAGUCCAGCAUCCUUGUUCAUAAACUGUUAGACAAGUUAUUUGUUCUGUGCCCCUUCUCGUCAGUAUGUCAGGAAGUCAUGCAGCGAUGUGACCUGGCGGCACAUCUCAAAAACAGGUGCCCCGGGGCUUCCCAUCGAAGAGUGGCUCUGGAGAGACGGAAAGCGAGCAAGCUGCAAGCAGAAGCCGAGGGUGAGACGGGUCCCGGUGGGACGGAGCAGCCCAGCAGCGUGUCUCCGGACGCAGAUCAGGGAGUGGUGCCGGCCGAGCAGAAUUUCACACCCGCCCUUUCCACCUGGGCAGAUGACCCCAGCAUCGACAAUCCUCCUUUUGAAGAGAACACAGGAACAGACACAAACCCACAGCCACCUACCUUGCCUGAAGGAGAGAUCACUACUAUUGAAAUUCAUCGGUCCAAUCCUUAUAUUGAAUUAGGAAUUAGCAUAGUGGGUGGCAAUGAAACGCCUUUGAUCAACAUUGUUAUUCAAGAGGUUUAUCGGGAUGGGAUCAUUGCCAGAGAUGGAAGACUUCUUGCUGGAGACCAAAUACUUCAAGUGAAUAGCUUUGACAUCAGCAACGUGUCCCACAACCACGCUCGAGCUGUGCUGUCGCAGCCUUGCACGGUGCUGCACCUCACCGUGCUGAGGGAGAGGCGCUUCGGGAGCCGCACGCACGGCCACGCCGAGACCACCACCACCACCUCCUCCUCAAGGGAGGACAGCUUCCAAGUCACGCUGCACAAACGUGACUCCAGUGAGCAGCUUGGCAUUAAACUCGUACGCAGGACAGAUGAGCCGGGAGUCUUCAUUCUUGACCUCUUGGAAGGGGGAUUGGCUGCUCAGGAUGGCAGGCUCUGCAGCAACGACCGAGUGCUUGCCAUCAACGGGCACGACUUGAAGCACGGGACACCAGAGCUUGCUGCUCAGGUUAUACAGGCGAGCGGGGAGAGAGUGAAUUUGAUCAUCUCUAGACCCACGAAGUCACAGACGGUCAGUAUCAUCCGAGACACGGGGACUCACAACAGCAACCCACACCAACACCAGUCCCAGCAGCUGUUUCACAGCCGACCCAAUUCGCAUAAGGAUCUCUCCCAGUGUGUUACAUGCCAAGAAAAGCACAUUACUGUGAAAAAAGAGCCACAUGAAUCUCUUGGAAUGACAGUGGCAGGAGGCAGAGGCAGCAAAAGUGGCGAAUUGCCCAUUUUCGUGACAAGUGUACAGCCUCAUGGGUGUUUGGCAAGAGACGGCAGGAUUAAACGAGGAGAUGUGUUGCUGAACAUCAACGGCAUCGAUUUGACUAACCUCAGUCACAGCGAGGCGGUGGCCAUGCUCAAAGCCAGUGCUGCCUCUUCAGUAGUCGCCCUGAAAGCACUGGAAGUCCAGAUUGUAGAAGAACAACCCCAGGCUAAUGAAGAACAACUGAGUACCAUCAGUGAAAAUGAAUACGAUGCCAGUUGGUCACCGUCGUGGGUCAUGUGGCUGGGACUUCCAAGCUGCCUACAUAGCUGCCACGACGUUGUGCUGCGGCGGAGCAACUUGGGAAGCUGGGGUUUCAGCAUCGUCGGUGGCUACGAGGAGAACCACACCAACCAGCCUUUCUUCAUUAAAACCAUUGUUCUGGGAACUCCCGCCUACUUUGAUGGAAGAUUAAAGUGUGGUGAUAUGAUUGUUGCUGUAAAUGGACUAUCAACGGUUGGAAUGAGCCAUUCUGCACUUGUUCCGAUGCUGAAGGAGCAGAGGAACAAAGUAACUUUAACCGUGAUUUGCUGGCCCGGAAGCCUCAUAUAAAUCUAUGAAAUCAUUUCAGUUCAAGCAGCCUCAUUUUCUAGAUAGCUGGCACAAAAAUCUCUUUUUUUUUUUCCCCCUAUUGAUACAGCUGGUUAUAAGCAGGGCCAAAACUGCUACACUCACUUUCUUUGUUCCUUUUUUCAUGGGCCUCUCAGACUCGUUGUAUGUUCUCUUUCCAUCCUGAAAUAGCCAUUUCUGUUCGCUACAUCCAUCGCUGAGGCGAAUGCAAAUUCACACGUGCUCACACAGAAACUCCCACUGCAAUAAGGCUGUCGUUGAGCUUUCCCUGUCAAGCAAUAGCCUUGUACAGUCGGCAGAAGAACUUAGCGGUUCUCUGGGUUGCUCUGAGCAGACCUAAAUUUCUAUGUAAUAUAUAAGCCUAACAGCCACGUGCCCAUUCGUCCCUGAGAUGAGAAUGUGUGUCGGUAAGGCAGUGGCAUAUCCACCUGCUGCUCUGAAUCAGUUUCCAAAGGUUCUCCUUUCCAUUUUGUAAGCCUUUCCCUUCGAGUCAGCAUUUCAGACUCACUCAAGGAAUCCAUCGUACUCAUAAGAAAUUACUCAGUCCCCGUAUUUUUCCUCGCAGGGCAUCAGUGUUCAUAGAAAAGUAGGACAAAAGCCUGACAUUACUGGAAUUUUUAUAAAGUGCAAUAAUUGGACUCUUUGUUAGGAAACUUUAAUAUAUUACAGAGUUUGUAUCCUAUAAUGAACAGAAAUGUGGAAGUAAUUACUGUUGCAAUGCUGGCAAGAAUACACAUGCCCAGGGUCGCCUUUGAGUGAAUGGCUUGCAGUAUUAGACUUUCCUUUACAAAUGAAUGUUUUGCUAUGUCAGAGAAUUUUGAUGAACAUUUUUACUGAGAUCAUUUUUACUGUUUAUAUUGUAGUUGUCAGCUCUCUAUAUUCACGUGUGGAAGCGAUGCUUUGACUUGUACUUUGUAAAUGAGAGAAUUACUUGCAGAAAAAGCAAGCUAUUAAGAAAACUCACAUUAUGGUUUACAGGUGGGCAGGCUAGAAGGAUGGCUCUUUUCAUUCAAGUCCAACUGCAGAGAAAGCUGCAAAGUUCACUCGUACUCUGUCACCUCCUGACAAAUGUGCAAAUGCCUUGAUAUAAAAUGCUGAAAUAAUCUGUCUUGCAUUUCAGGAUUUUUCUUUUCCUAUAGAGAGCACCUGCUAUUAAGUUGUCAGUAAGAAUAAUACUGUUUAUCUUGGAUUGUAUUUAGUAUUUUUAAAAACAAACGUGUAACUUCUAGACUUUGCCUUUCCAUGGGAUUUGCAGGCUAAACACCCAUUUGUUUAAAAAAAAAAAAAAAAAGAGGUGUGGGGCACAUAAAGGAAUGUGCUGACCUGGAGCAAAACUUGUAUGUUGUCAGUGUUCUGCAUAUUGGAAAAAGAGCUUCAUUUGUAGACCAGGUUCACAACCUGAGCUGAUUUUAUGAAUGACCUCUCUAUUGUAUUAUUCAUUACCAGAGAACGUAUUUGAGAAUCACGGCAUAUUUCGAUUGUGAAGCAUGAGCUUUCUUUUCCAAUUUAGUCAUUAUAAUAUCGGGGCAUAUUAUCGCAUGUCAUUAAUUCCAGUAGCUUUGUUUUAAACAGAAAUAAAGUUACUCUUUUGCAAAAAAAAAAAAAGAAAAAAAAAGUAAAAAUCUCAUACGAAUGGUUUUCUUCUUCUCUAUGAUGUACGAUACUAGUUUAAUUUCAUAAUAUUAAAAUACAAACGAAUGUCCUCUACAGUAUAUUACUGUAUUGAGAAUCUUACUUUCUGAAGCAAACACCAAAACGAUUUGAUACUUUAGCUGAUUUGAGUUUCUUCCCAUUCCAAAGUGGUGAUUAACUGUAUACUUUGCUCCUAAUGCAGAUUUUUUUGUAAAGUAUCUCUUGCUGUAGACUUUAGGGAAGAUCUUGACAUAUGUACUAGAUUUAACUUUUUUUUUUUAAUUAUUAUUUUAAAAGUAACACUUUUCAUUCAAACCCUGCAAAAAUCUGUUUGUUUGUUUUUUUUCUUUUCUAUGUGUAUGUAACAAAAGCAUGGGUUAGCUUAAACUGUGCAGUUUUGUUUCAGUGUGUUGUAGCUUUUGAUCAGGAUGUUUAGUGAGUUUUUUUUUUCUGAAUGAAUUCCUUUCCUGAAUCAUUUUGCCCCUUUCUCUUGUAGCUGCAUAGUUUGUUUUUCCGUGCCUUCUGUUUUAAAUUAUUUCAAGAUUUUUUUUUCAAAAUAUUGCUAUCUAAUUGUAUGGUAUUAAUGAAGGAUGAAUGAAAAUAAAAGUUCAUUCUACACAUUGUAAUAA